AUGGCCACGCAAUCGUUCCCUAGCCCGUACGAUUUCUUCCAGGCACUCAGGGGAGUGAAUAGCACCUUUCUCACGGAACAACAUGUUCCUGGUAUCGACUUGACAGGCAAAUGGAUAAUCAUCACUGGAUCAAACCAUGGAGUUGGUUUUGAAGCGGCAAAAUCCCUUGCAGCAAUGGGCGCCAAUUUGAUCCUGGCGUGCCGAGAGCCUCCAGCAUGGGAGCUUCAUCCCACGGCCGCUGUGAAGGAAUGCCAGACACUGUCCAAGCCGCAAGGUCACUCAUCAACCAUCGAAUGGUGGGAGGUUGACAUGGCUGAUAUCGACAGCGUCGAGGCCUUCUGUCAAAGGUGGCUAAAAAGCGACCGUACUUUGGACAUACUCUGCAACAACGCAGGGCUUGUGUCUGAAUCCCAAAGCAACAUGACGAAGGACGGGUUUCAGUUGGUUCACCAGGUCAAUUUCUUAUCCCACGUUCUGAUGACGCUUCGUCUGCUACCAUCAUUGGCUCGUAGUAUGGAGCCUCGGAUUAUCUGUACAACCUCAUGCAUCCAUCAUCUUGGACUCUUCGAUAUCGAUCACUUCAACGGUGGGCCAGAGAUGAAAGGCAAUGAUUAUCAGAACAACAAGCUCUACUAUCAGAUGUGGGUUACAGAGCUGCAAUCUCGAUUCCUCAAACAUCCCGAAUAUCUCCACAUCACAGUCAAUGGAGUCAACCCCGGCUUUGUUGCUUCGGGGAUCUGGAGGCCUGUUAUAGUCACCGAGAAUCUGGGGACCAGAAUUCUGAAUCUCCUUUUGCGGUUUGUCGCUAUUACACCGCAGCAAGGGAGCUUGGCUAUCACCCACGCAGCUACUUGUCCGGAAUUCGGACCAGAUCCUCAGAAGCAGAGUGUCGGUCACGCAAAUGGACGGGGCGGAGGCAAGUACAUUAAUCGCAUCUGGGAAGCGCCGCCAAAGUCCUAUUGCAAUGACCCGGAUGCCAGAUCUAGACUAUGGAAGAAAUUGGACGAGGAACUUCAUCUACAAGAGAAGGGGCUUCUCGCGACCCUUGGCCUCUAG